CUGGAAGCCUCGAAUCCACCUCUCAUCUCGGGAGCUUGGAGUGCACGUCUGAGAAAGGCUGAGAGAAAGUCAGGCAAAAGAUGCCAGUGAUCAAUAUUGAGGACCUGUCGGAAAAGGACAAAUUGAAGAUGGAGGUUGACCAACUCAAGAAAGAACUGGCACUGGAAAGGGUACUGGUGUCCAAAUGUUGUGAAGCAGUAAGGGAUUAUGUUGAAGAAAGAUCUGGGGAAGAUCCACUAGUAAAAGGUAUCCCAGAAGACAAAAAUCCCUUCAAAGAGCUCAAAGGAGGCUGUGUGAUUUCAUAA